CGAGGAAGAUAUGGCGCAGACGAGUCUUUUGGAGGAAAAAAAAACUUCGAAAAUGUAAUUUAUUUUACAAGUUGAGGCUUAAUUUCAGUUAUAAUUGCUGACUUCUGAUGUUUUAUGAAUCGCUUCAACGAGAGGCAUCAAAGGAUAUGGAAUUCUAAAGACUUUAAUCGUUAGAAUAAGAAAAAAUCUGAAAUUGCAUCAUGCUGCCUGCCAGAAUUCUCACACAGCACAACCCAUCCGUGUUUUGCUUGAAGAUGCUGCUGAAGUUCAAAAACAUGUUACGACACAUUGAAAACAGCAAAAACUUGAAGAAGAAAAGUCGUUGGGAAGUUGUUGAGAUUGUCCGUAACCUGCUGGUCAGACUCUUGCAGCUGAGCGAAGUUGGAAAGCUCAAGGAAUGGCUUUCAAGUAUAAAAGAAGUACUGCAGUCACUGUCAAUACAUUUCCUGAAGCUGAUUAUCGUUGCUACAAGGAGAUAUGAAUAUUUAGAGAAAGUAAAAGAGGAGAUUAUUGACAUCUUGAAAUUGCAGUAUGACCUGCUUGGUUUGAGUGAGGAGGCCCUAGUCCUGGUUAUUGUCAAGGCAUCAAAUGCCUUGGGAGGGGAGAGCAAUUCCUAUGGGUGCCAGUUUCAGCUGUUUUCGUUGUUGGCCAGGGAGGUGUUUUCUCACUAUCUGGUGAAGGAGGACUUCCAGGAGGAGAGUGCCCUUGUAGUUUGGAGUGUUGUACUUGCAAGGUUAUGGCUUGUGACUUGUGAUCCUGCCGAUAAGACGAAGGUGCAGAAAAAGAUAUUUAGUAUCUUGCCGCCAAAUUUGAAAGCCACAGGGAAAUGUAAUAUGUCAACAAAACGACUACUGAAUGUACCAGUUACACAGUUAGUAAAGAAAUUGGGCCUCACAGCUUCAAAGGCACUCAAGGAAAUGGACUUGUUACUCAUUGAGGAAGAGGGAUCCCAUGCAUACAAACAACUUACGGAGAUGGCUAACAAGAUAGACAGAGCUCUUGUUCAACUUAAGCUCAUCACUGCAUCGACUCCCAAUAAAAAGAGAGGAAAGCUUCUAUCAAAUGAAUUUUUUUCUCAGUCAUCUGAUUGGACUACAUCCACCCCUGAUCGCCAAGAUGCCGCAACAAAAGAAAGUAGUCCUCAAGUUGAUACUGGUGCUAGUUGCUCGCAGGAUUUCAUACCAAGUUCUGUGAAAAAUGAAAGAUCAGCUGAAGAGAUUUUUGAAAAUAAGCUGAAAAGGAAGAGAACGAACAAGGAAAGGAGUGUGAGUUGUGAUCCACAAGGGAAAAGUCUUGCCACAGAGACAGGAGAAAACAUUGACAAUGAAGAGAAGAGUUUGAAGGUCAGGAAAGUGAGUCCGAGUACUGAGUCCAGAGGGUUGUCAGAGAAUGCUCGAAUUGGAAGUGAAAACAUGGAAGCCCCCAGCAAAGGCCAAAGUCGGGAGGAAAAUAGCAUCAGUGAUGAUAGUGUUACAGUUGGUGAUAGACAUCAUGUAGAGAGCAUACAAGAAUGUAGAGGAGAUUAUAAAGAUAAACAAAAAAUCUCUAAAUCAGAUGAUGCUGGGGGUAUGCGGGCAUUAUCCAAUACUGCUUCUGCAUUGCAACCCAAGGCCAGUAAAUGGAAGAAGACCAGGCUAGCCAGAACCAAAGUGGAAACACCACAGAAGUGCAAAGCAGAGGAAAAAUUAGGUCAAGAAGAGGAUUUUUCUCUCAGACUGGAAAGCGAUAUGGAAAAUCCAUCUCCCUUGGUUCUUAAGCCAGAAGAGGCAUUUGUUGAUGAGAGAAGCAAGAAUACGGUAAAGCGGGCUCUCCUUACAAGUGCUGAUUCAAGCAGUUCUACAGAUGGGAAUGAAAUAAUAAAAAAAUUGGCAAGUGAGUCAUUGCAGGCUGACCAACAAAAUCAUACAAACAACAAGGAUGACAAAUUAGGCCAAACAUUCUCAGAGAUUUCUGAAGAGGAAUGUAAAUUCACUGAAAAGAAAAAGUCUCAUACCAAAGAAGAACCACAAGAGAGUCCACAAAAGGUGUCUGCAACUAGUAAAACACAGCAAAAUUCAGCAACGGAAGGAGAAUCUGGCAAUACAAGUUCAAGGGAGGAUUUUGAAGAUACUGACAGUUUGGGUAAAAAAAAGCUUAAAAAGAAAGGCUCAGAAUCGUUUGUUGCAGAAAAUGGUGCAAUGCAAAAUUACAGUGGACUUGUGAAAGGUGUUGGUAUGUUAGAUGACAGUGUGCAGCUGCCUGCAGGAUGGAAGAGAUUAAUACAUGCACGUAUUGUGCAGAGAAAAAAAGAACCAAAAAUCCGUAUAGAUGUGAAGGUGGUGUCACCAGAUGGGAAAUCUCACAACAGUAGGAAAUCUGUCUUGGAACAUCAAAAGAAGCAUGAUCCCAAAAGCGUGCUGAGCAUAGACGAGGUUCAGUCGUGGUACAAAAUAGAACCUCAGUUAAAGGAAAGAGUUUUGCAGAAAAAUGAACAUCUAGUGAAGUACAUCAAACUCAGAAAACAAGCUGAAUUGCAGGAACGAACGUUGAGAAGCUAUACUCCCCUGAAAGUAAAUAUCAAUUCAAAGAAGUCAGUGAGUCAAAAAAAGGCUGAAAAAGAAAAUGGUAAAGAUCAAUUUUACUUGGUCAGAAGCAACACAAAUCAGGAAAAACAAAAAUCAGAAAGUAACAUAGAGGCAAAGGAGUCACAUUCAUUGGGGGUGAACCAGAAAGCAGGACCAAGGAACAUAUAUACAAAAUCCAAAGAUGAGAAUAGACAUGACUUUUCACUCAAAGAAGAGGAGGAGGAGGGAAGGGCAUUAGAUGAAAGCAAACCACUUGAUAUACACGAUCCCUUUGAAUUCGCGGAUGAAGAGGAUACUAUUAAAGAAUUUUGCCCAGGUGAGUAAAACAUCAUGUGUACAAGACUCGGUAGUAAAAAGUGAAAUGAAUGUCAACUUUGACAUAAUUCAUUCUCAAGAGGAAAUGGAGCCAAGUCACAGAGAAAAUUUACCAAACCUUUCAGAACAGGCUGGCUCAAG